GGUUUGAAAAAAAUGAAAUCGGAAUCGGCCAUCCAAACACUCUGCAAAUCGGAAAUCUGUAUUGGCCCAAAAAAUUGUUAUCAGUGCAAGUCUAGUUACAAGUUCAGACUCCAUCACCACCUCCCAUUCGGCUAUGAGAAGCUUCAUUUCACUGCCAGAGACCCAAAAGGCAGAGGUACUGUGGGUUCUCCACACUGUGAUGAGGCACAAUUCAUUUAAAUCUAACGAGGACAUAAGUGGCGUCUUUGCUGCCAUGUUCCCCGUUUUGCAGGUUGCAAAGACAUUCACCUGUGGUGAAAAUAAAAUGGCAUAUGUCGCCAAAUAUGGCAUCACUUCAUUCAUCAAGAAGAAGCUUUCCUGCAGCGUUAGUGAGAAGCCAUAUGUUAUCAAGUUUGAUGAAAGCAUGAAUAAAUCGAGAAAGACCUUCAUUUGCGGUUUUGGACUACUGAUGAUGAGACCGGCACACACCAUGUCAUCUCCUGCUACUAUGGGUCGGAGUUCAGGGGUCACUCAAGAGCCGAGGACAUGUUGGGACAUUUCAGUGUAAGUAACAUUACAAUUGUGUUUGAAAUCGCAUACUAUACAAUGUGUGGUGUAAAAUUGAGUAUCGUUAGUGCAGUCCAAAGCCCCUAUGCUAGCGGUGUAAACACCAACACUCCCCCGGUUCUCAGUGCUCACUAUCCGGGCAGAGUCAGCAGAGGACCACUAGAUACAUGGCUAACUGAGAUAACUGGCUAACGGCAGCUACAAUUAGCAGCAGUUCUUUGAAAGCAUAGCUUUACAAACUACCAAUUACCUCACACUGGAAGAAGUUGAACUACAGCAAAGCUACCCUAGGGAUAAAUCUAGUAUGGUUAUUUAAUUUUAUUUUUCAAAUAGCACCAAAUCACAACAGAGGUCAUAUAAGGUCACCGUUCCCAUAGAACAGGUCUAGACCAUGUCUUUUUAUUAAACAAACUAAAUAGCCUUAUGUUAUUUAUCUUAUUUAUGCAAUUUCAUUUAAUUUUCUGUCCCCCACCCCCCAAGCAGUAAACCUAGGGUACCAAUUAUGUAAUGAUUAAUGUUAAUUAUUGUGUGUGUGUUUGUGUAUGCCCGCAUUGUAUUGUUAUUUAUUGUAUAUGUGUGUGUGUGUGUGUGUGUGAUUUAGUAUCUGUAUGUGUCUAUGUGUAUAUAAGCAAGAAAUCAUUAGAAUAACAAAUAAUAACAAAAGAAUAAUUGCUGUUAUCACAAUUAAGUUGUCUGGUGUUUUGAUGGAUGUUUUUGAUCUCUCUCUCUGUGCUAUAUAAGAAAAACCAUUAUUAUUAGUAUUAAUAUUAGUAUUAUUAUUAUUAUUAUUAUUAUCGUCAUCAUUACACUAAUGGAACCUUAACCUAAUAUGGUUUACUUGGCACAUUGAAUUGGUGAUUUCCUCUUUUUUUCCAAAUGUGCAGGAAUGUACAAAGGAGCUGAAUUUGAACAACAUGCUCUCACUGUCAAUGGAUGGGCCCAGUGUUAAUUGGAAGUUUGUUGAACUCUUAUAAGAGGAACACAGAGAGCAGUUUGGUAGAGCGCAACUACAAAUAAUUGGGAGUUGUGGCCUUCACACAAUGCACAACUUGUUCAAGAAUGGCUUCGGGUGUGGCAAGUUGAGAAAGUCCUGAAAGCCCUGCACUACCUGUUUCAUUGUGCACCUGCAAGGAGGGAAGCCUUUGUGUUAGUGACCAAGUGUGAUACAUUUUCUCUGACAUUCUGUGGACAUCGUUGGCUGGAAAACCUUCCAGCAGUGGAGAGAGCCAUUGAAAUUUGGCCAUAUAUCGUCUCCUAUGUGGAUCAGGUCAAAGCCAAGAAGCUCCCCAAUCCAAGGUCAUCGUCAUAUGACAACAUCGCAGAAGCCCGGAUGGAUCCCAUUAUCCUGGCAAAGUUGCACUUCAUGAGUGUCAAGAAGUUUUCAACCUUUUCUCACCAAGUACCAGACAGAUGCCCGAUGAUUCCCUUACCCAGCAGAGAUUUGGAGGAUCUAAUCAGGAGCCUUCUCAGACGCUUCAUAAAGCAAGACGUCCAGGUUGAUGUUUCCCCAGUAAAGCUGGUCAUGCUUGAUGUGACAGACCAAAGGCUUUGGGUCAGUCCAAUGCAAGUGGACAUUGGCAUGGGAGCCACAGCUGCCCUCAAGGGAAUGUCGGGCAGUCAGAGUGGUGGAAGUGAGCGUGAUGUGUUACUGUUCAUCCGAGACAGCCAGAGUGCUCUGUCACAAAUUUGUCACAACAUUCUAUUAAAGUGCCCACUGAAGUACCCCACUGGCCGAAAUACGAUGUGCCUGGACCCCCAAAAGAUGCUCCCUGAACCAGACACAUGCCUGCAAAAAAAUGAAGGCCCUCAUCAUGAAAUUUGUGCAGGACAAGAAGUUGUCAGGAGGAGUCACAGUGAUGAGAUUGCACAACAAUUUCAGCAGUUCCUCUUCAGUGAGGCCAGAGGAGAGGAAUUCAUGGCCUUCAGUGUGUUGGACGGAAAAUCACGAGUUGACAGCUUCCUGCAUGAGGCCAUGAAUGGAUAUGCAGAACUUUGGAGCUUUGUGGAAAAGCUGCUGCUUCUGUCCCAUGGACAAGCUACUGUGGAGCGUGGAUUCUUCAUAAACAAGGAGGUGGAGAUGUGCAAUAUGAACAAGGACACUGUAGUCUCACAGAGACUAAUCUGUGACUACGUGAGCAUGUGUGGUGGAGUGCUCAAAGUGCCACUAACUAAAGAGCUGCUAAAUGAGUGUACAACUGCACGCAAUCGGUACAGGAUCGACUUGGAAGAUGAGAGGAAGAAAAAGGAAAAGACAAAACAGAUGGACAAGAGAAAAAGGGCUGAAGAUGAGCUUGAAGAGCUAUGCAAGAAAAGAAGAACAAUCUCAAGUGUGUGCGAAACUCUAGAGAAGGAUGCAGAUAGCCUUGGCAGAGAAGGCUGAGAAUACAGCAGGGACCAAGAUGGCAGAACUCAUCACUAAAUCCAACUUGAUGAGAAAAAGAUGCAAGGACAAGAGAGGGGAGUUGGUGGACCUAGACCGUGAAAUUGAGAAGAGAGCGACAGAGCUAUGCCACAUGUCUUGAGGAGAAUUUGGGAUGUUACAAAACAAUGGACCUCUCUGUUCAUUGGUUUCUCUCGUUAAGUCAUGUGAUAACAUUUGUGUUGUUUUUCAAACAGUUAUGUACAUUACUGCUUUAAGUGAUGUAAGUGUUACUGUUAUUAUUCUGUCUCUUAAUUUGGGAAAAAAGGUCCCUAAUGAAAAAUUUUUCUUAAUUUGCACAUUGCACAUUAUUGAUAAAAAAUGUGAAAAGUUAAGUUUUGUUUUUCAAUGUAGGAGGCAAUAAAUUGUGUAUUUUCUACCAAAGAAAUUGUUUUGACAUUUUAAAUUAUAUUUGUUGAGGUCUUAAAAAGGUCCUAAAAAGCAUUCAAUUUGACUUUUAAAAUGGUGCAAGAACCCUCUUAAACAACCUACAGUAAAUAAAGGCAUGGAAAUGGGGUCAAAUGUUAUGGAAAAGUUGUUAAUAUUCAUUGGUACAAAUGUGUGGGAACCCAAACAUCCCUGCUGGUCAUGCAGGUCUACAGUCCACAUGAUGGACUGUGCUAACUAGAUGAUUUUCUCUGUCUCAGUCUUUUUCACUUCCUCUGCUAUCACAGCAGACAGCGAUCACUGUUAGCAUACUAACUGUGCACUUCACCUCACACAUUCUCACUGUAUAUUCCUCCCCCUGCUCUUUCUCCCCUCAGCUUCCUCUCAUUUAGGGUUGCAGCGAUAUACCGGCUUCAAGGUAUACUGUAAUAUAAAAGUUGACAGUUAUCAUACCUUGUACAUUUGCUUAUGUACAGUAUUGAAAAAAAAUGCAACUGGAUGAAGAAUCUCACCUUUAUUUUACUUAUUUUUAUGAAGGAGACUUUUGCAACUGGCUUGUUUCAUUUAUAGUAAUAAAAUGUUUGUUCA